AGAAAUACUUUACAAGAGCCCAGGGCUGCCUAGCAAGAGCAGCAUGUCUGCAGACUGGAGCUUCGCCUUAGCAAUUACACUCUGCAUCUUGGAAGUAAGUGCACUGGCCGCCCCAGGAACCACUCCCAGCCAAGAGACAACACAAAGAGAUGGCUCUCUGGUCCCCAUAGACUGCAGAAUGGGCUCCUGGAGUGAGUGGUCAAAGUGUGAUCCUUGCCUCAAACAAAUGUUUCGAUCAAGAAGCAUUGAGACCUUUGGACAGUUUCAUGGAAGAAGCUGUGUGGACGCUCUGGGAGAUCGACAACAGUGUGUGACCACCGAGGCUUGUGAGGAGGUGCAGGAGGACUGUGAAAGAGACUUCCAAUGUGGAACAGGCAGGUGCAUAAAGAGGCGACUUCUGUGUAACGGUGACAAUGACUGUGGAGACUUUUCAGAUGAAGAUGACUGUGACAGUGAUCCACGUCCCCCCUGCCGUGACCGAGUGGUAGAAGAAUCUGAGCUGGGACGAACAGCAGGCUAUGGGAUCAACAUUUUGGGGAUGGAUCCCCUAAGCACACCUUUUGACAAUGAGUUCUAUAAUGGAUUCUGUGACAGGAUACGGGAUGGAAAUACUUUGACAUACUACCGAAAACCUUGGAACGUAGCUGUUCUGGCCUAUGAAACCAAGGUUGAUAAAAACUUCAGAACAGAAAAUUAUGAAGAACACAUUCAAAUGUUCAAACAUAUAUUCCAAGAGAAGACAUCAAGUUUUAAUGCAAAUUUAGCUCUAAAAUUUACAGCCACUGAAGCAAAUACAGAUGCAGUUGAAGAACACUCUGGGAAAACAAAUUCAUCAGAUCCUGAAAAGUCCUCACUUAAUUUUCAAUUUUCCUAUUUUAAAAAUGAAAGUUUUCACCGACUAUUGACACAUUCUUCACAGAAGGGAAAACAGUUUCUACAUGUGAGAGGCAUAGUUCAUCUAGGCAGAUUUGUGAUGAGAAGUCGGGAUGUCGUGCUGACAACAACUUUCCUGGAUGAUAUAAAAGCUCUGCCAUCUACCUAUGAAAAGGGAGAAUAUUUUGGAUUCUUGGAAACCUAUGGAACCCACUACAGUAGCUCUGGGUCUCUGGGAGGACUCUAUGAACUGAUAUAUGUUUUGGAUAAAGCUUCCAUGAAAGAGAAAGGUGUUGAACUGAAUGAUAUAAAGAAGUGCCUUGGGUAUAAUCUGGAUCUUUCUCUACGCUUCCUUGAAAAGUUGGAUGUACCUUCAUUAACAGGAGGAGUUAAUCGAAGUGAUUGCAUAAAGAGAGGCAAUGGUAGAGUUGUAAAUAUCACCCGUGAUAACAUCAUAGAUGAUGUAGUUUCAUUCAUAAGAGGAGGAACCAGCAAAUAUGCACUUCAACUUAAAGAAAAUCUUCUCAAAGGAGCCAAGAUGGUUGAUGUAACUGACUUUGUAAACUGGGCCUCAUCCUUAAAUGAUGCUCCAGUACUCAUUAGUCAAAAGCUGUCUCCUAUAUAUAAUCUGGUUCCUUUGAAAAUAAAAGAUGCAUACUUAAAGAAACAAAACUUGGAAAGAGCCAUUGGAGAUUAUAUGGAUGAAUUCAGUGUACAAAAAUGUCACCCAUGUCAAAAUGGAGGUACAGUGAUUCUGCUAGAUGGACAGUGUUUAUGUUCCUGCCCAUUCUCAUUUAAAGGAAUUGCCUGUGAAAUCAGUAAGCAAAAACAGUAUUAAGGAUUGCCAGUCUCUCUCUCCUUCAAGCAAAAAGAGAUCUGGGAUCACAUGGACAAAUAAAAGCAAGAAAAAUACCAAGACCUUGCAAUAUAACAUCUUUUGCUAGAGAUAAUCCUUACUGCCAAGAAGAAAGCAGCUUGCUUCAUGGAAAUCCUACCAACCUCUCUCUUUUUGGUCCACAAUGCUUUUUCCCCUCUUUGACCCCUAUAAUGCUUCCAUUUAUUUUUUUUUAAUUCCUUAAUGAACAGCCAGCAGUGAAAUACGCCAGGACUGCUUUUUCCCACAGGCAAUGCCAAUCUCUUGCUAAUAAAAUGAAAUUAAAUUAAAAGCAGAAUGUUGUUCUAAAAGACUUUAAA